UUGUCCGAGAGAUCGAGCGGGUGAAUGAGAAAGAGAGUGCUCGAGAGAAAUGGUGUUUGGUAUGCCGGCCAGUUCCGGUUGGCGUGAGUGAAAUGGCACAUCGAAAGCCGAGCCACCGACGGAACGUGUUCGGCAAGUGAGCGAUUGGCGUACUGUGGGCACGGCCAAGAAAACAAGCGCGAAAAUCGACUUCCCACCAGAAAGCAACAAGUUUUUGCCGAGUUAGGAAGGGCCUUUGUUUUGGUUUUUCCCAACUGACAGCUGGUGGCUGUACCGUGCUCCGUCGGUCGCCUGCUCUUUCCCCGGCCGCUUGGCCCACUGCUCCAUCGCUCGUGCCGUUGCUGGUGCGCGUGGCGACUGGGUGAGAGUGUAUGGCCUCCAUCGUCUUGGUUGCAUGUGUGUGGUCAGCGUAAACCGGUCAGCGGUUGCAUCGUGGCCAGAGUGUUGGUACAGUGUUUUGAUAGUUUUUUGACAGAACAAAACCGCCACGAAAUCGUCGACAGUUUUCCAAUACCUCCUGUUGCCGUGUUGCGUGGCACAAAAAAAAAGCGAGACAUCCUGCUCCUUGUUUGUGUCGAUGGGUGCCUGUGGUUGCCCGGUUCCAAUCGGAGUUGGCUGUGAAGCGGCAGUUGUCUUUCGUGGUUGAACCAGUUGUUGCUGUGAGUAAGAGAUUUCGGUGUUACCUUUUCGGUGCUCUCCAGGAAUCAGGGCAGGAAGUGGAAACCGGGGCAAGGCGCCGCGAACGAAACAAAAAUAAAUAGAAAAAGAAAUGUCAGGACCCACUUCGUUAGUCGGAGCGGAAGAGGAUGAGCAAACCAAUUACGACACACCGGACGAGACCGGCCUUACGAAGUCGCAGAAGGUGGCCCUGACGGCGGCGUGGAGUAUCGUGAAGAAGGAUUUGGUCACGCACGGGCGCAAUAUCUUCGUGAUCUUCUUCGAGGAGUACCCGCAGUAUCUGGACUACUUUGAUUUCUCGGCCUCUGAAACGGUGAGCCCGGAUCUGGGCGAAAAUCGUUCCCUCCACGCGCACGCUAUCAAUGUGAUGAACUUCAUCGGUACCCUGAUCGACUACGGGCUGAAAGAUCCGUCAUUGAUGAAGUGUAGCCUGGCGAAGCUCGUCCGGAACCACCGGAGGCGCAACGUGUCGAAGGAGGACGUGGGUGCCGUCGGAGGUGUCAUUAUGCGCUACUGUUUGAACGCCCUGGAAGAGCAUAAAACGAAGACACUAGAGGAAGCGUUCGAGGCAUUCCUUGGCACCGUAGCGGCUGCAUUCGAGUGAGACCAAUCGCAGAUGCUGGAACCUGGAGUAAGAUCAUCAUCAGUAUCAUCUUCACUGUCAUCGACGCCCACCGUUAGCCCAUCGUACACCACCUAAGGAGCCUGGGUGAAUGCCGCCGAGCACUUCCCGCGUUUCCGAGAAGCUAGACUCGGGCCUAAGCAGCAAUAGUGC